GGCAGUUGUCUGCGGAAGGGGCGGGAGGGCCAUACAUGAUUGAGGUCAUGCGCAUCUAGCCAAUUUGUAAGACGAUCCAGCGGCUCCAAGCCAUCAGCAAUCCUUAGCAUAGGGGCACACUCAAGCAUUCUUGUCAAGUCAUCUUGUGAAAGGCUGCCUGCUUCCAGCUUGGCUUGGAUGUACAACCUUAAUAAAACUCACUGAGGUCUGGAAGAAAAUAGCAGAUCUGCAGCAGAUAGGGUAGAGGAAAGGGUCUAGAAUAUGUACACGCAGCUGACUCAGGCAGGCUCCACGCUGAACGGUUACACAGAGAGGAAACAAUAAAUCUCAGCUACUAUGCAAUAAAUAUCUCAAGUUUUAACUAAGGAAACUAUCAUUACAGUGAAAUUAAAAAAAAUAACAUUUUAGAACAAAGCUAACAAAUGGCUAGUUUUCUGUGAUUCUUUUGCAAAGGCGUUCUUUGAGAGGGAAAAAGUCAAACAAACAAGCAGUUUUACCUGAAAUAAAGAACUAGUUUAAAGGUCAGAAGAAAGGAGCAAGUUUUGCGAGAGGCACAGAACGAGAGUGCUGGCAAUACAAUGACAGUUUUCCUUUCCUUUGCUUUCCUCGCUGCCAUUCUGACUCACAUAGGGUGCAGCAACCAGCGCCGAAGUCCAGAAAACGGUGGGAGAAGAUAUAACCGGAUUCAGCAUGGGCAAUGUGCCUACACUUUUAUUCUUCCAGAACACGACGGGAACUGUCGUGAGAGUACGACAGAUCAGUACAACACAAACGCUCUGCAGAGAGAUGCUCCACACGUGGAACAGGAUUUCUCUUCCCAAAAACUUCAACAUCUGGAGCAUGUGAUGGAAAAUUAUACUCAGUGGCUGCAAAAAAUUGAGAAUUACAUUGUGGAAAAUAUGAAGUCGGAGAUGGCCCAGAUACAGCAGAAUGCAGUUCAGAACCACACGGCCACCAUGCUUGAGAUAGGGACCAGCCUCCUCUCUCAAACCGCAGAGCAGACCAGAAAGCUGACAGAUGUUGAGACCCAGGUACUAAAUCAAACUUCUCGACUUGAAAUACAACUGCUGGAGAAUUCAUUAUCAACAUAUAAGCUAGAGAAGCAGCUUCUUCAACAGACAAAUGAAAUCCUAAAGAUUCAUGAGAAAAACAGUUUAUUAGAACAUAAAAUCUUAGAAAUGGAGGGAAAGCACAAGGAAGAAUUGGACACCUUAAAGGAAGAGAAAGAGAAUCUUCAAGGUUUGGUUACUCGUCAAACAUAUAUAAUCCAGGAACUGGAAAAACAAUUGAACAGAGCCACCACCAAUAACAGUGUCCUUCAAAAGCAGCAGCUGGAGCUGAUGGACACAGUGCAUAAUCUCGUCAACCUUUGCACUAAAGAAGGUGUUUUACUAAAGGGAGGAAAAAAAGAGGAAGAAAAACCAUUUAGAGACUGUGCAGAUGUAUAUCAAGCUGGUUUUAAUAAAAGUGGAAUCUACACUAUUUAUAUUAAUAAUAUGCCAGAACCCAAAAAGGUAUUUUGCAAUAUGGAUCUUAAUGGGGGAGGUUGGACUGUAAUACAACAUCGUGAGGAUGGAAGUCUAGAUUUCCAGAGAGGUUGGAAAGAAUAUAAAAUGGGUUUUGGAAAUCCCUCUGGUGAAUAUUGGCUGGGGAAUGAGUUUAUUUUUGCCAUAACCAGUCAGAGGCAGUACACACUGAGAAUCGAGUUAAUGGACUGGGAAGGAAACCGAGCCUAUUCACAAUACGACAGAUUCCACAUAGGAAAUGAGAAGCAAAAUUACAGGUUGUAUUUAAAGGGUCACAGUGGGACAGCAGGAAAACAGAGCAGCCUGAUCUUACAUGGUGCUGAUUUCAGCACUAAAGAUGCUGAUAAUGACAACUGCAUGUGCAAAUGUGCCCUCAUGCUAACAGGAGGCUGGUGGUUUGAUGCUUGUGGCCCAUCCAAUCUAAAUGGGAUGUUCUAUACAGCGGGACAGAACCAUGGAAAACUGAAUGGGAUAAAGUGGCAUUACUUCAAAGGGCCCAGUUACUCUUUACGUUCCACAACUAUGAUGAUUCGACCUUUGGACUUUUGAAAGUACAAUAUCAGAAGCGAUCAUAAAAGCCACAGAGAAAUCUGGAGAAGCCACCAAAUGAGAAAUUGCGUGAAAACUUCUGAAACAAACAGUAUCGUCUCCCUUCCAGCAACAAGUAGCAGUUAUGUGAAAUCACCAAGGUUCUUGACUGUGAAUGUAGAAUCUUUUGAGUUCACAGAAGUCUCUACUUGGGGUGACUGCGUUCAUAUGGCUUGACUACAGAGAAUGCCACUCACUGUCAUGCUUUAAAAAGGGAAGAAACUGUUCAGCUCUCUGUGCUUCAAACUACUACUGGAUCUUAUUUUGGAACUUUGGUAGCCAGAUGAUAAACAUGGUCUAUUUCAUGUAAAGCAGAAGACAAAUAAGAAAAUAGGAACAACAACAACAAAAGAGUAUACAUGAAGGAUAAAAACAGGCCUUCUAUAAUUCUUUGGAAAAGAUGUGUUGCACCAGUAAAUGGUGUUAUUUCUAUGCAAACCCACUAACAAUAAGUUUGUACUGUUGCACAAUUUUAAUAAAAGUUCAGAAAGAUUA